AUGGGAGCGGCAGGGAACCUGGGAAGAGGCAGCAUGGGAGCGGCAGGGAACCUGGGAAAAGGCGGCAUGGGAGCGGCAGGGAACCUGGGAAGAGGCGGCAUGGGAACGGCAGGGAACCUGGGAAGAGGCGGCAUGGGAGCGGCAGGGAACCUGGGAAGAGGCAGCAUGGGAGCGGCAGGGAACCUGGGAAGAGGCGGCAUGGGAGCGGCAGGGAACCUGGGAAGAGGCGGCAUGGGAACGGCAGGGAACCUGGGAAGAGGCAGCAUGGGAGCGGCAGGGAACCUGGGAAAAGGCGGCAUGGGAGCGGCAGGGAACCUGGGAAGAGGCGGCAUGGGAGCGGCAGGGAACCUGGGAAGAGGCGACAUGGGAGCAGCAGGGAACCUGGGAAGAGUAUUCAAGGAUGUAGCAAGGAACCUCGGAAGAAGCGGUAUGAAAGCAGCAAAGAACCUGGGAAAAGGCGUCAUAGGAGCAGCAGAGAACCUGGGAAGAGGCGGCAUAGGAGCGGCACGGAACCUGGGAAGAGGCGGCAUGGGAGCGGCAGGGAACCUGGGAAGAGGCGGCAUAGGAGCGGCAGGGAACCUGGGAAGAGGCGGCAUGAGAGCGGCAGGGAACCUGGGAAGAAGCGGCAUGGGAGCGGCAGGGAACCUGGGAAGAGGCGUCAUGGGAGCGGCAGGGAACCUGGGAAGAGGCGGCAUGGGAGUGGCAAGGAACCUGGGAAGAGUCUUCAAGGAUGUAGCAAGGAACCUCGGAAGAAGCGGCAUGGAAGCAGCAAAGAACCUGGGAAUAGGCGGCAUAGGAGCACCAGAGAACCUGGGAAGAGGUUGCAUAGGAGCAGCAGAGAACCUGGGAAGAGGUGGCAUAGGAGCAGCAGAGAACCUGGAAAGAGGUGGCAUAGGAGCGGCACGGAACCUGGGAAGAGACAGCAUAGGAACGUCAGAGAACCUGGGAAGAGGCAGCAUAGGAACGUCAGAGAACCUGGGAAGAGGCAGCAUAGGAACGUCAGAGAACCUGGGAAGAGGCAGCAUAGGAACGUCAAAGAACUUGGGAAAAGGCAGCAUAGGAACGUCAGAGAACCUGGGAAGAGGCAGCAUAGGAACGUCAGAGAACCUGGGAAGAGGCAGCAUAGGAACGUCAGAGAACCUGGGAAGAGGCAGCAUAGGAACGUCAGAGAACCUAGGAAGAGGCAGCAUAGGAACGUCAGAGAACCUGGGAAGAGGCAGCAUAGGAACGUCAGAGAACCUGGGAAGAGGCAGCAUAGGAACGUCAGAGAACCUGGGAAGAGAUGGCAUGGGAGCGGCACGGAACCUGGGAAGAGGCGGCAUAGGAGCGUCAGAGAACCUGGGAAGAGGCAGCAUAGGAAUGUCAGAGAACCUGGGAAGAGAUGGCAUGGGAGCGGCAGGGAACAUGGGAAGAGGCAGCAUAGGAACGUCAGAGAACCUGGGAAGAGAUGGCAUGGGAGCGGCAGGGAACAUGGGAAGAGGCAGCAUGGGAUUGGGAAGGUGUGUCGAGGAAGAGGUAGCAUGGGACCGACAGUGA